AAAAAAGAAAAAAGAAAAAAAGAGGCGAGAUUAAACCAAAUAUAAAUAAAACAAUCUCGAUUCCUUCAAAGAAAAAAAAAGGACCUUGAUUCCCAAGUUUCCAUCAUUUCCAGCCGUCCAAUUUCAAUCCAUGAGCCACAUUCUUUCAUUUCAUUCCUCAACAAUCCAUCUGCAUACGUCUCUCUCUCUCUCUCUCUCUCUCUCUCUCCGUGAAUAUAUAGUUUUGGGUUGGGAUGACGAGUGUGCUAUUGGAGAAGGUUUAUGCUGUCUGUCAGAACCAGAGAAGCACUUAAAUUUGGCUUUUGCGGCGGUUGGAGGCAAAUAGAGAGGCAGAGGACCCUAUUGUGUCAGAAGAAAAUCCCAACUGCUAGUUCCAACACCCAUCCCUCGCUCGUCCCUCUGAUCUUCCCAGAAAGUACGCCAACUCCUUUCCUUUCCUUUCCUUUCAGCACUUUUGGACGUUAAUUGUACUGCCAAGGGGAUAUCCACAUUGAUUUUCUCGCCAUACAUAGCCUGCAGCUGCCCGCACUUCCUGCUCUUCACAAAACCCUAGCUACCUCUCUCUCUCUCUCUCUCUCCCCCGUCUUGUUCUUCUUUACUUUUUUCUUCUUCUAUGGCUCGCGAGGGUUUCUUUUUUUCCCGCAACACCACCAAUAACUCAGCACUGAAAGCGAGGUUUACCCGCAGAUUCCUUCGCUACCUGGCGAGGAUAAAAACCUCCUCACCGUCCUCCUCCUCUGAACAAGAAACGAUGUUCUGCCAGCGGUGUCGGAGAAUAAAGUCUGGUGCAUACUCCUCCAUGGCUUUGGUGGUUGGGUCGAAGAGAGCAUGGAGCCGAGCCGUUAUCCGGAAGCUACGGAAAAGAAGAGGCUUUGCGGUGAGAAACGUAAGAGUAAAGGUUAUGGAAAAUAGGACGAGACGCUCCUUGACAAGUCAUAGUAGCAGUUGCAGUGGCGGUGAAGUUGCGAGGCUUCGGAAGCUGGUACCGGGUGGGAAAGGAAUGGAUUUCUGUGACCUGUUGGAGGAAACAGCUCAUUACAUAGAAUGUCUUGCUACUCAGGUUCAGGUCAUGCAAUCUAUUGCUGAUCGUUCGAUCCCUACUAUCUCCAGCUAGAUGCCUCAUUACUUAAACUGAGGACGCAAGGAUUGAUUAUUGUUUAUUCGAUCAGCCAUACAUACUGUGGUAAGCUUAUUUCUGUUACUACAUAUAUAUAUAUUCACACACACACACACACACACACACACACACACACACACACACUUAAAUUUGCCUUUAAAUGCUUACGAUGGAAACAUGAUACACUAGACGAUAUUAAUUUACUCUUGAAAGGGUAAUCGUACAUGAUUAGAUACUCCGAGCACUGGUUUAAUUUGUUGUAGAGUGAGAGAGAGAGAGAGAGAGAGAGAGAACUUGUGCAGUAUUGGGGGUUGCAGAUCAUUUUAACUAUACGCUUAUAUUUUUAAUCUUUCAGCAUGAGUGAUCAGAUAC